AUGUCGUUGCUAUUGGCUUUGGUUGAAAGUUUCAUUGAGUACCUGAAAAGGAUACUGGCCGCACAUGUCUCGAAUGCCAUCCUGGCAGCGACGCAGCCGUUCUAUCCUGCUCCUGUGCAGGACGCGCAGCCGGACAGGCCUAUCGGUUAUGGUGCAUUCGGUGUUGUUUGGUCGGUGACGGAUCCACGAAGUGGUAAACGUGUAGCGUUAAAGAAAAUGCCAAACGUCUUUCAAAAUUUGGCCUCUUGUAAACGGGUGUUUCGCGAAAUUCGCAUGCUUUCAUCAUUUAAGCAUGAUAACGUGAGUGUUUCUUUGAUUUAUUGA